UAUAUUUUCCGCCAUCUUCGAUUGUGAAGGGUGUCCAAUAUUCGCUUUUGAAAUGGUGAAAUUACACAUUAAACAAGGAGAUGAGAGUCUAUUCCUCAUCGAAACAACUUGCCAAGCAGAAAUUUCCGAGCUGAUACCUCAAAUUGUUCGGAUCCAGAAUGGCAGAUUAAAAAUUGAACGUUUGUUUUACGAGAUGGAAGAGCUUGCAAAACACGGCAUAACCCUUCCACCCAACAUGCAGGGACUUGCAGAUGAACAGCUGUCUGAUCUGAAUCUCCAUGAUGAUUGGGAGGAUGAGUGUGUUCCCAGUGGAGGUAUCAUUGAACGUAAGGACCCACUUGGCAGACGGAAUGGGAAAGCACCCAGUGAGAAAAUGGCAGAGGUCAUCAACAGAACAAGAAAAGAAGCAAAGGCUAAAGUGUCCAAGGAACAAGUGGCAGCAAAUCUCUCUCUCACUGAUGAGAUUAUUAAAGAUUCUUUAGAUCAAAUGAGAGGAGCUGUGAUGAUUGUGUAUCCCAUGGGAUUACCUCCCCAUGAUCCUAUCAGACAUGAACUGGAAAACAAAGAGGAUUUAUCUGGAACUCAGGCUUCCCUUCAAGUCUUGGAUGGAAGCACUACCCAAUUGUGGUGGGCUGGGAAGGAGCUUCAAAGAGGGAAAAAGCUGCAAGACUUCAUUGGGAAAAAUGAGAAAACAAAACUUAUUGCCAAACUUCAAAAGAAGGGACAAGGGCCACCCAGCAGAGAACCGGUGUUCAGUGAAGAGCAACGGAAACAAAUGAUGGCUUAUGCUUACAGGAAACAAGAAGACCUUAAGAAACUUGAAACAGAUGAAGACGACAGUUACCUUAACUCAGACUGGGCGGACCCCCAAGCACUUAAAAGACAAUUCCACGGUGUUGGGAACGUUAAAUGGAGACCUUAGGAGGAAUGGCGACGGUUAAUUACUUCAGAUGUAGGGCUAGCUUAAUCAAAUAAUCAACUAGUUUUCGUAAUCAUUUUCCUGCUUGUUACUUAAUGUGAAAGGAGGUCACGGUAGAUUACAGCCGUAACAGACAUACUGUCGUCGCGAUUUAAAGCUGCAGUCCUUGAACGAAGGGUGGAGAAGGAAAUUACGGACGUUCUGAAGGUGUGCCCUCUCAAGAUUUUUCCUUAAAUGUCAAGUUCACCAGUUGAAUGAGAGCAAGAAUGGACAAGAAACUUCUUAGGGCGAUCCUUUCAUUGCUACGUUAGCGCUGGGCGGUGAAGUAACAACAAAAUAAUCUCACUGAAUUAUGGUGAGCAAGAUCAAGAUUAUGGUGAGCAAGAACUGUAUGGAAACAUUUAGUGAUCUAGGGUCAAGUUUAGGAGAUAUUCGGUAUAACUUUAGGUGAAAAGUUCACACUAAGGCCUAC